AUGGCCGACAAUACCAUCGCAUCAUGUCCCUUUUGUCCCUUCACGGACUCCGAUGCCGACUUUGUCACCCAGCACAUAGAGUUUUGCCACCCGGAGACCGGGUUGUCUGGUUUCUUGCAGGAUGACCCGCUUGAAACCCCUGAUCAAAAUUUUGCUCCGCAGCCAGAUGACGAAUACGGCGCAGACAAAUAUGUUGAUUGUCCACAUGGAUGCGGUGAGACGGUAGCAAGUACCGAGCUAUCAAGUCACCUGGAUCUACAUGUUGCAGAGGAUAUUGCAUUUGACGACACGGCGGCAACAGCGGGACGCUCAACGACAGACUCAUAUGUCCACGAUGACUACCAGGCGUUUGACGAUGGAGACUCCCUCGAUAUUCCCGAUUACAAGAAAGGCAAGCGUGGGAUGCAACGAGACUCCACGCGAGCGAAUACAGCUAAACAGCCUCGCCCUCACAGUCCCCCACGGACUAUCAAUGCCAAUGGCGUCAAAAGAUUGGGGCGCUCAGAACUAGGCCCCCAUGCCCACGAGAAGAAGAUGCCAUCAUGGCUAAGGAACAUGUUGGAAAAGGGCGGCAGCACAUCAAAGCAGACCCAAAUCACAUCAGACGGCAAACUCAUGCGACGCGAGGUAGUGGAAAACGAGACUGACAAUCUUAUUCCCGUCCUUGCUCGUUUAUGCGAACAAGACAGUUCUGUCAAACGGGCAUUCUUCUGUAGCCCAAAGGUGCGCCAUAUUUGUAAGAUGCGCCGAGAAGGCGGGUUCUGUGGAUAUCGCAAUAUCCAAAUGAUGGUAUCUUGGCUGCAGAAGUCCCGUGGAUUUGGCCACGAGCAUUUCUCCGCUAAAGGGCCAACGAUUCUUGAGCUGCAGGACAUGAUUGAGUUGGCCUGGGAUAUGGGAUUCAACAGUUCUGGAAGAGCAGAAACAGGUGGUAUCAAAGGCACACGCAAAUUCAUUGGAACACCCGAAGCACAAGCACUUUUCAUGAGCCUGGGCAUCCCAUGCGAAGCGAGGAGCCUGUCGGAAUCAAGCGACACACGGGCCUGUGAUGCCCUAUACCAAGAUGUCGCUGAAUACUUUCGGUCAGCUUGUUCACCAGAAGAUGAGCAAAAAAGGAUCGUCAAAACCGAUCUAUCUCCAAUCUACUUCCAGCAUCAAGGGCAUUCGAUGACCAUCAUUGGAUUUGAAAUUCGAGAAGACGGUAGUUCAAAUCUGCUGGUCUUCGACCCAAUGUUCAAGACUUCUCCUGCAAUGGAGCGUCUGCUUGGGACCUUUGUCAAACCCUCUGACCCGACUCGUCUUCUCAAAGCAUACCGCAGAGGAACGCCUUAUCUGCAAAAGUACAAGAUCUUUGAGCUUCUCAAGUAA